CACCAUGCCUCCCAUGCCGAGUUACUCUCUGUCCAACAACAUACCGCCCAACCCAGCCUGCCUGCAGUCCUCGGCACCCUCAUCCUACUCCUGCAUGCUACCAGAAUAUAACCCCCGUGGCUACGAGCACCCCCUGUCUCUGGGAAACUAUGCCCGGCCCCCGUGUGCGUCCACGGGAGGCAUGCACCAGAACCAUCCCAUGGGACAAUCGCCCCACAACUCCGUCUCGACAGGUCUGAUCUCGCCCGGUGUGUCCGUGCCCAUCCAGGUGCCAGGAGGUACUCAGGACAUGAGCGCCCAUCACCAUAUGGGCGCCAUGACGUCACAGUACUGGCCACGCAUACAAUGACCCUCAUAGGUGCAAGCAACACUUCAGGAACAGGCAGGCUAGAGAACGGCUGAUGAGCGUGGUUCUUCGGUUGAUGGGCAUGGUUCUUCGGUUGAUAGACGUAGAUCUUCGGUUGAUGGGUUAUUGUUCUUCGACCGAUGGGCGUGAUUCUUCGGCUGAUGGGCAGCGAGGUUCUUCGGUUGAGUGUAAUUCUUCAGUUGUUGGGCGUGGUUCUCCGGCUAAUCGGCGUCGUUUGGGUGAAGGCGGGAAUACGACAAGGUGUAAAGAGACAUAUCCCGCUCAUGCUGAAUACAGGCUUGACUCGGUUUGGUCCUAUCUUUUACGUACGGAACUUUCUGUGCUGUGAAUAGUUGCAACAGCAGACCAGAUUUGGUGACCGGUAACUGGAGAAGCCGAUGUGGUGUUCUAGUAGCGAGAAUGAAGGAUGUAAUUGGUUUGUUCCAAGAAGGCAGACUGGGGUUACUAUGUUGUGCCCUCUGUAUUUGAACAAGUACCUUUGACUGCACAGUUCCUCUCUGCUUGAAACGGAGGAAGUAGAUGAUUGAAUUGUCCCGACAUAAAACAGACUCUUGUUGUCUUGGCUGGAGAAAGUAAAGACAUAUCUUGACACUCUCUUCAAAGUGACAAGCUGCGUGUCUACGGCUGGUGACAAUACGACAAUCGGGGAUUGCGUUCUUCUAGCUUGAACAGAAAACAAAAUUCUUGGCUUAACCUCAGAGGCUAGAUACAGUCAACUUCCUCAAGUGAAACUGGUCGAGAGAACAAGAACGAUUCUUGGAAAGAGCUUUUAGCCUCACACACUUUUUACAAACUUGCUUAUACUCAAAAGCAGAAAUAACGAGAGGUGUGUGAAUGCAACAUCUACAAAAGCUCUUCGAGUUUGUUUGUUUUCUUCGUGUGCAGAAAGUUGCCGCUCCAGCUUCAGGAUAGUGCUGAGCGGUACAGACUGAAGGGUUUCAAAGAGUGUCUUUUGUUUUUUUAUGAAUAAAACUAUGCUAUACGUAAAGUAUAUUCAUUGUAAAAGAUAUCUCUAAUGAAAUGUGAAACGGGUAUACAGAAUGGUCAGACUACAGUGGUGAUUGAUUAUGCGGUUCCAGCGUUUACACAGAACCAAUUCAACUGAUUGCAUCGAAAAGUGCGGUGCACGGACAUAAACUCUGUUGUUUGGAACUUUGCCAAGAAGUAUGUGAGUACACAUCGACGAUGCCGAGUUUGCAUAACUGAUCAAAACUGUUCUUGUGCAUCGAGGUCUUGCAGAUGUCAAACGAUGACCAAUCGUUCCUAUAGUGUCGGACUGUUCCACAUGUGUCCAAACAACGGGAAACCUGCAGUUGGAACCGGAAAUCAGAUUCUGAAAUUCAGAAAGUAGACAUAAACAAUUGGAUCGUAUGGAAUCCACGAUUAGAAACAAAAAA